AAAAAUGUUAAGUGUUUAUGUUGGCUGCGCUUGACGUAUGUCAGCUGGUUGUCACUUUGAUUAGAAAUUUUCCAAUUUUUUUUUGAAAUGUUGACCUUUAAAAAAUAAAUAAUCCUUACCUGUUAGAAAUUUUUACCUACAAAAUGCAAGUUGAUUUUCCUUCUAUAGAUCCGAAUGAGGACCUAACGCAGAUAUUACCCAUCCAACAGAAACGUACAAUAGCGUUUGUUAAUCAUUUCAUAAUGAACACAGUGUCACAUUUAAACAAUUUUGCACAGUCUUGUGAGUCCCGUUUUAUGGAAUUCGAUUAUAAAAUUCAGAGGAUAGAAGCGUCUCUUUGCAUACUAGAAUCGCAACUUUCAUCUAUUUCUGGUUUAGAUAAUGUAGAUAAAAAUGUUGAGAAUUUAGAAAAUUCCGCGUCUAGCAUUCAGGUAAAUGUCGAUCUUCCCGAUAUUAGUGACACAGGCCCGCAGCCUCCAGAUAAAAAUGGUGAUUUGGAGGUAUUGUCAGAACCUGUGGUGGGCCGAACAUGAGGAGUCCACUGGGGUGAAAGCAAAAGAUGAUCCCAGAUUUAAAAAGUUCUUUAAAAUGGUACAAUUUGGAGUUCCUGAACCUGCUGUUAAAUUAAAAAUGAAGAAUGAAGGAUUGGAUCCUCUUAUAUUAGAAAAACCUGAUGACAUAAUACCUGGGUUACCAGAAGACAUGCAAUGAAUCUGAAGAAAAUCAGACUGAUUAACUAUUAAUGAAUAUUAAGAUAUUGUACAUUGUUAUAUUAAAAAAUAUAUUUGUACACAUUGUUUUAUCGAAUUUAAAAAAUAUAUGUUUUCAUAAAAGUUAAUUUAUUUCUUUUAAUAUUUGACAAAUUAAUGUAAGAGUCAUUCCAUUUAAAAUCGUCUAAUUGGCAAAGCUGACUCGUCUUAGAUUUUGGUGUAACUUCGAGGAACUAUUCCUUAG